CACCAGUUAAGAUUAUCUUUUGUUAUUCUAUAAAAAGGCAAUUGCUGAUAAUGCGUGUCGUUUAAUUUAAUAAGUAAACAUUAGGCCAACGUUUCUUUUGUAGUUGAGAAUAGAAUUUUGAGAAGGAAUCAUGAAAGCGCUAAUAGUCUUAUCGAUUUGGUUGGCUUUGGCCGCUUCCCAAAAGGAACUCAAUGCAUCGGAUGAACGUUCGAUAUCUAGUGCAAUCGUUGAGGUCAUCGAAGGUGUAAGAGAUCAAAUGCCAUGCGGUUUCCCAUCUAUGGGCAUUCCACCUUUAGCACCCUUAAAACUGUCUCACAAGGAAAUAAAUAUUAAUUUUAUGGGCUUAAGUAUGAACGGAGCUGUCGACAAAUUUCGUUUGAUGGGCUUAAAUGAUUUCGAAAUUAUUGAAAUGAAAGUUAAUGCUUUGACAAGUAAAGUUAACUUUCGUUUUAUAUUUAACCACAUUAGUAUGGAUACCAUGUACGAUAUUCAAGCGAGAUUGAGAAAAGCCGGAUUGACGGUUAAUCUUAUCGGGGCUGGUCAUGCUAAUUUCGCUAUCAAAGAUAUGCAAAUAUGGGGCGUUUUAAAAUACUCAUUGAGUUUGUCAACGGGUAAAAUGAAAAUCAAAGGUUUAGAAAUACGCACUCACAUCGGUGAUGCGUAUUCGGAUAUUCAAGGUAUCUUCGGUAAGGGUUUAAUCAAUCGCAAAAUUAAUGCUUUAUUGUCGGAGGUAACAGAAUUACUUGUUAACACCAAUGAAGAUAUGAUCACCGAAAACGUAGAAAGUUUGGCUGUGCCUAUUAUUAAUCGUUUCUUGGAUAAGUUUACGCUGGCAGAUGUUGUGGGCGCCAUCGGUGGAAGCGGUGAAGGUGAAAAAGAACCUUGCAUACCGGAAGAGGAAAAUUGAUUUAAAUUUUAUCGUAAGAACAAAAAAAAAGAGUUAAAAAAAAUUUAUUACACAUAUUUUAAAUUUAUUUUAUUAAAUUAAUUAAAAAAUGUUAUCUCCAAAAUAUAUUUUUGUUUUGUUAAGCAAUUAAAUCAUAAUUUGUUGCGAUAAGAAAUUAUAGUAAAGGAAUGUUGGUAAUCCUUUAUA